AUCAUCCUGCUGCGAAUGAAAAGAACAUCCAAUAAUAAGGAUUGUGUUUCCGUGAUUCCGGUGAAUGAUUGUUAUUUUUAUUUAAAAAUUUGUAGUUUGUAAAACACCUGUUCCAACGAUGGAUGAUCCAGAGCUUGAUGCUAUCCGCCAGCAGCGAAUGCAACAAAUGCAGGCAAGUCUCAACGGUGGCUCCAACCCGGAACAACAAAAAAAAGCUCAGGAACAGCGGCAGGCUCAAGAGGACAUGAAAAAUUCCGUACUGUCACAGCUACUGGAUCAGGACGCACGGGCUCGAUUAAAUACGCUUAAGCUGAGCAAACCGGAUAAAGCGCAAAUGGUGGAAGGCAUGAUCAUUCGGAUGGCACAGAUGGGGCAGAUCGGCGGGAAGCUCGACGAUGCGAACUUGGUAAAGCUACUCGAAAGCCUCAACCAGCAGAUGCCGCGUAGCACCUCCGCCGUUAAGUUCGACCGUCGACGGGCAGCACUGGAUUCGGAUGAAGAUGAUGAUGACUACGGUAUUUAGGCUAUUGCUUGCUCCUGUCCUCGAAUCACUUUAAACGCUUCAGCUGCGAAAGAUUUCUGUGAAGCGAAGCCCCUUGCGAAUCGUGGAAUAUCAUCAUGCGCUUUAAUAAACAAAAAACCAAUACUCAACACGCGACGUUUGGGUAA